UUUCCCGACCCACUUUCACUGCUUUCACCACUUUCACUCAGCUGGUUGUCACGGUGCCCGUAUUAUUAUCUCGCACGUCAAGAACAGUAUCUAAAACCACCCAAAUUCAUCUUCUCCACAAGUUUUGAACAUCCAUUGUCUUUCCAAAUACAUAGAUACGAGUCACAAAUUUCAUAACAUAAUUUUUUAUUACAUUUCAUACCUAAAAUAAUUUUUUACCCUUCAAUAAUGUAAUUUUUUGACCCAAUUUCCCCAAAAAUGCAAGCAUUUGACCGAAGAACGGUCGACUUCACGUGUAAACAGAGCCAGGCUUACUACCGCUUAGUAAUACUUUUCAUCCUCGUCACCGGCUUUGUAGUUCUGUUACCAAUCUUGUUUCGUGUAAUUUUGCUGUGCGAGAAGAGCAGCCACUUUGUGAAUAAUUUAGUCGACAAGUACGAAUGGGGGAAGGAUGACGGGUGGGAAAGGAAUGUGACCUUUGACACGUUACGGGACGCCGGAUUUACUGCAGAGGUCAUCUUCCUCCAGGACAAGGUUGUGACACCAUUCAUAAAUCGUGACGCCGCUGGUCUGGUGCUGCAUGGCGAUUUAAAAAAUGCGAAACUUUUCGCAACCGCGAUUUGGAAUGAGAUCCGCCUUCAGGGUGAAAGUAUUUUUGACGAGGUGGCAGUUUUCCGAAAAACUGAGACCUGCAUUAACCCAAGUGCAGAAGCUGUGAAAAACUACAUCGAGUGGCUGUUCACCGUGGGUGUGGAAAAUCAACCGGCGCUAAUUUACUUGAACGAAGUCAACACCCUGUUUGACUUUGGGUACUCGUACCAAAUUGAAAACGCUUUCCUCCACGGACUCGACAAGCUGAGAUAUGAGGGAGUCCUCGUCCUCGUCAGUGUUCACAUUUUGGAGGACAAAUAUACAGAACGGGCAGGAUUUAAGAACACUCUACGUGUUCCGAAACUGUAAUUUUCAUUUCGGGACAGAAUGAUCAUCCGAAAGCUUAAUGGGAACAUUUAGGCGAACUGGAAUACUUACUCGAAAGAAUGUUGACCUCGACAUGAUAAAACGGAACGAUUGACAGCUUGUGUAGUAAAAAUGGGAAGCAGCAGGUUAACAAAGAAAAUAGAAACAGGUCAACCAGUUAGCCACCAAAGAAUUUUGAAUAUGUGUACAUGUGCUUCAUCCAACAUGAUUUUUCUUACGACAAAAGACCAAGUCCUAAAAAUUCGAGCUUUUGCAAAUUUUCAAUAUUCCCGUAAACAUUGUAAUCCGUCAUGUCUAGAGGAAUUGAUAUGUUUAAAUGGAAAUUUAA